UGGGUGUGUCUGUUGUUACGGUGUCGCCUUUUCCCGGAAGCGUUUAACAGUCCGACGGAGCGCCGCCGUUUCGCUCUGCGUGCUGGGAGGAAGAAAACAAAGGAGUGGAAUAAACUGAAAAUUAAACAAUCAGUCGUGCCAAAAGGAGGGGCAAAAAAUCUGGUGAAGGAGAUUGCAGCUCUCCAGAAACACAAGGUUGAUCAGUGGAGGAGGAUUAGCAGCAUUCCUGAGAAAUGGGAGCAAGCGAGCUUUCCCCCAUCCUUGGCUGCCAAUUUGUUAAAUGCUUCGUGCCUACAGGCUCCUUAUCGGUCUUCCUCCAUCCCUCUUCCAGGACAGUCAUCCCAGCCCUUCCUUCUUGGUUGACCCUCUGCUCUUCCUAGAGGGAACUCCCAUAAUCUCUCUGCUGGGAGCACCCUUGCCAGAGGAGCAUCCUCAUUCCUACAGUCCUCUCACUGUUCCUCAGCAUCCAGCUCUCCAGCAGAGACAUCAUCUGAUUAAAUAAUCUGCAGCAGCAGAGGAGUCCUUUGUAGAAUAUUGGUGACUGGAAGGCUGAAUUUGUUGUGCCAUUAUAGUGACAGCAGGUUGUUGCAAUAUGACCUUCUACUAACCCUUUCGGAAGAAGCAAGACUUCACCAGCCGUUACCCAUGUGCAUACUUUUCUUCAAGUUUGAUCCUCGUCCAGUUUCAAAAAAUGCAUACAGGCUUAUCCUAGCAGCUAAUAGAGAUGAAUUUUACAACAGACCAUCAAAAUCAGCAGACUUUUGGGAUAGCAGCAAUGAGAUCCUUAGUGGUUUGGAUAUGGAGGAAGGAAGAGAAGGCGGGACGUGGCUUGGAAUCAGUAAGAAAGGCAAGAUGGCUGCCUUGACAAACUACUUGCAGCCGAAGAUUGAUACAAAUGCAAAGGGAAGAGGUGCACUUGUAAGAAACUUCUUGACUACGGAUUUGGACAGCUUCUCUUACUUGAAGAAAGUUUCAUCAGAAGGACACCUUUACAAUGGAUUUAAUUUAAUAGCAGCCGACUUGAGCACCACCAAGGGAGAUGUAAUUUGCUACUACGGAAACAAAGGAGAACCAGAACCUAUCUUCCUAAAUGCUGGAAUCUAUGGAUUGAGUAAUUCUCUGUUGGAUACCCCAUGGAAGAAACUUGAGUAUGGAAAGCAGCUUUUCACAGAGGUGAUCAAGCAAAGUCAGGACCUUGCCAAAGAAGACCUGGUGCAGGAGCUCAUUAAAGUGCUGAAUAAUCAAGACCCUCAGCUACCAGAUCCCGCAUUGGAAGAUCAAGGAAAGGAGCAUGUGCAACACGUACUGAACGAAUAUGCAGCUUUGUGUGUUCGUUGCCCGGGAUAUGGAACAAGGACUAACACAGUCAUUCUCAUUGAUGCAGAAGGACAUGUUACUUUCACAGAGCGCACCAUGCUCAAUGCAGAUAUCAACCAAUGGAAAACAAGCACCUAUCAAUUCAAAUUGGAAACUUAACUUUCCAUUUGAAUGGAUCAUGAGAAAAGAAACAAGAGAACAAGCCAUUGAACUCCACUGAAGGCUUUGUACCAGCCUCCAGCACCCAGAGAUGGAAAGGAAAAGCUUAUUAAAUCCAUAGCAUACCCUAGCAACUACCAAAACCUUUUGCACAAAACCAAGGAAAGAAAGCCUUUACAGUAAAAUUUUGGCUGGAAUAAAAAUGUGUUGCUUCUUGU